CAUGUUACGCUUAGGUAGACUCGUACUUCGCCUGUCGCGGCUGCAGGCAAAUCCCACCAACAGCAGGCACAGCAUGGCAUACAGUGCGAAGAUAGGUCCGUCUAUCCUGAGCAGCGACCUGUCCUGUUUGGGCAGCGAGUGUGUCCGGAUGAUGGAGUGCGGGGCGGACUAUCUGCACCUGGACGUUAUGGACGGGCACUUUGUCCCCAACAUCACAUUUGGACAUCCCAUGGUAGAAUGUCUGAGGAAGACUGUAGGCCAGGACCCUUUUUUUGACAUGCACAUGAUGGUGUCCCGACCAGAGCAGUGGGUGAAGCCGAUGGCUGCAGCAGGAGCCAACCAGUACACCUUCCACUUAGAGGCCACCACCAACCCUGGAAACCUCAUCAAGGAGAUAAAGGAGAGCGGCAUGAAGGUGGGGUUGGCGAUAAAGCCUGGUACCACAGUGGAAGAACUGGCACCUUGGGCUAAUCAGAUCGACAUGGCUCUGGUCAUGACAGUGGAACCUGGUUUUGGAGGACAAAAGUUCAUGGAGGACAUGAUGCCUAAGGUGAGCUGGCUGCGUGGUCAGUUUCCCUCAUUAGACAUUGAAGUAGACGGAGGCGUCGGUCCUGACACUAUUCACAAGUGUGCAGAGGCAGGAGCUAACAUGAUCGUGUCAGGCAGUGCUGUGAUCGGCAGUGACGAUCCUCGCUCUGUCAUUGCCCUCCUGCGCACAGCGGUGUCCGAAGCUAUUCAGAAACGCUCGCUGGACCGUUGACAGGUUGUGUUCAUGAAAGUCAACAGGGAUGUUGCACCCGCCCCUCACAACAAGAAGCCGUAGCAGCCGGAGGAAACGACUCAACAUGGACA